GCGAUGUAGCAGCGAGCGUGCUAGCUUAAUUCAGUCAACGACAGCUGUGUCUGGGGUUGUUGACGUUAACAUUUUCGGUGUUUUUACCGGUUUAGCAGCAUUUUAAAAUCGUUUCCCCCCGUACCUAUGAGAGCGGACCACCGUUGUCAUUCUGGACUCUGUUUUUAAGUAAUAUGAGAAAAUUUAAGAGGAAGAAACUAAACAGAGGAGCUGUGGUGAAUGAGAAUGGAUCUGUUACAACAGAUGCUGACUGUGGGAGGAAGCAGAAGCUGGCUAUCAUACAUCAGGCUUUAAUCAGAGAUCCAGUGGACAUAGAAAUCCUGAGGAACUCCUCAGCCAGUAAAGGAGGUCUACUCACUGAUGAAAUGAGGAGAAAAGUGUGGCCAAAAUUACUAAACAUCAAUGUGUACAAUCUACCACACAAACCUGGUCGAGAUGUGAGAGAGAACCACAAGGACUACAAUCAAGUAGUUCUGGAUGUCCGAAGGUCCAUGAAGCGCUUCCCUAAAGGUAUGCCAGCUGCAGAGAGAGCAGUUCUGCAGGAGCAGCUGAUUGACAUCAUACUGGAGGUGUUGAAGCGUAAUCCUCAGCUGCACUACUAUCAAGGAUACCACGAUGUGGCUGUCACCCUCUUGUUGGUGGUUGGGGAGCGAAUGGCCAUUGCUAUGCUGGACACACUGUCCAAUUUUCACCUCAGGGAUUUCAUGGAUCCUACCAUGGACAGCACUAAGCACAUUUUAAACUAUCUGAUGCCUAUAUUGCAACAGGUUGACGAGGAACUUCAUGACUUUAUGAUCAGAGCGGAGGUUGGAACGAUCUUUGCACUUUCCUGGCUCAUCACAUGGUAUGGCCAUGUCCUGUCUGAGUUCAAACACACUCUGCGACUGUACGACUUCUUCUUGGCCUCACAUCCACUGAUGCCCAUCUACCUCGCUGCUACGAUUGUGUUGCACAGAGCGAAGGAGGUAAAGCAAACCGAGUGUGACAUGGCCAUGGUGCACCACCUCCUUUCCCACAUUCCCCAGGAUCUCCCUUACGAAGUUCUGAUUAGUCAGGCCCAGGCGCUGUUCAGCCAAUACCCUCCACCACUGCUGGCCAAGCAGGCAGCACUGCAGUCUCGCAAAAGCUUGUCUAUAAGCACCUUCCAGGCAUUUCAGCUCUCCACCCUCCACCAGAGGCCAGACGUUGUUCUCCAACGCCUCACCAGGGCUCAGGACUCCACCACCUCCAGACACGGCCUGGAAGCAGCCUUGUCCAGAGACCGAAGCCAGCUGUGGCAGAGGGGGAACAGGAUGGUGAAGAUGGCCGUGUGGGGGCUGUCUGCUACACUCGGGGCGGCUGUAUUUGCUGUAGCUCAGACUGCCAUGGACUGGGGCCCCGAUGUGUUCCUUCAACUCUUCUGAAGGACACAACGUGGACAGUCUCUGGCUGAAAGAGCCUCUGCUCUGCAGGGAUGUUGGUGAAAAGAAACGGGAUGGUUUGUGUGCCGAAUGAAAAGUCUACUAAAUAAUGUUGGGACAUUUUUAGCAUGAUUCUGAGCGAGUAUGAAAAUCUAUCCGUGAAAAGUUCCCUGUAACGAACAGAAUGAGAUGUAAAACAAAACAUGAGAGAACUUUAUCAGGAAAAAGUGAAAAAAUACCACAAAGAAAUCCAAAAUUGAAUUGGAAAUCUGGCUCAUGUGCUGGACAGGUCAUCUCCAUGAGGCUCUUUAACUUGGAAACCAUGUUCGACUCUGACGCUUCCUGAUCUUUCAUUCCCCGUUCCCGUGCUCCUUCAGCGUUCCCAUAGUUGCACGAGUCUUUUCACAUCAGCUGAUUAUUUUGCUGAAAACCUGUUUUCAGAUCGUCACACUUGUUUUGUGCAUUUCAGCUGACAGUCUCAGUGUGCUUGUUGGAUCAGCAGCCAUAUCUAAAAGCCAAAAGUGCCCACAGCCAGCACGAUGACACAUGAAUACAAAUUAUUAAAUAGUGGCGGUUUCUGCUGAAAGCUUCUAGUUAUGAGCGAAGGAGAGAAAAAGGCGAGGGGAGCAAAGGAAGGGGAGUUUUUUUUUGCCUGGGAGCCUCGUAUUAAUUGCUUUACUCCAGGUGUCAGCGAAUUUGGUUUACACCGGAGCUCGACACAUACAACAAGCUGUUAUUUUCCCCCAAAACGUGAUCAUUUGGCGCCCAGUUCGAGCUGUUUGUGCAGAUGUGUCCCAUGUGAGGUGCUGAAAUGUUUUGUGGAAUUUUUUAUGUAUUUUCUGCUGCCGUAUUUUUUUUUUUUACCUUUUAGCUCCACUGCUGAUUGAGUGCGGGGAAGACACGGGUAGUUGUACGUUCGUGAAAUAUUUAGUAUUUUUGAUCCAAUAUCUACUCCGAACCACCCGCCAACAGAGCUACUGUGCAGCAAAUCCUCAGCAUUGUGUUUCGUUUCAGCUUUUUUACAAUUAAAAAUCAUUUUAACAAGCAUUUCGUUUUCCGGAAGGUUUAUUUUAGUAUUUCAUAGGUAUUAUUGGGGCAAAAAGAGCAAGAAAACUUGCCCCAAAAUGAGUCGGACUUUCUCUAGUUGGACCAAUUCUAAUCCUGAGUGUUUCCGUCUGAGGGUCACCCAGCUGCAGAUGGUGGAGCGUGUUCUGUCGUACACGGUCUGUACGUAGCCCUGUUCUCUAAAUUAUUUAUCAUCUUUUGCUAGCAUGUAGCUAAGCUGCAGCUGCUGUAAACACAACUUCACUGGUUACGACCCCUCCCCCUCCCCGUGCGCUGUCAUCAGAUAUAAAUGCGUUUGCACGGUUCGAUGACUUCUGUUCAGCACAUGAAAUCCACUUUAGGUGGUUUAAAAAAUAUUUCCAGCCUCAAACAUUUAAGCAUUUGGAACAAAAAGUUUGGAUAAGACGUUUGAUGAUGAGCCAACUGGAGUCUGCUGGCCAGAAACACUAUAAAUGUUUUUAUUGGAUAGUUGAAUUUGUGUGUCAGCUUAAUUGAUGAGCAACUUCUUUAUUAUUAUUAAUAAUAAUAAUAUCUUGUCAUUUUGCUCUUAUAGACAUCAUUCUUUGUUUUUGUUUUAUUUGAUGUAUUCGUGACCUAAAUGGUUUUAUUUUAGAAGAAACAGACUGGAUAUUUAUUUCAAUAUUCCCUUGAAUAUGGAUUGAAUUUGUCUUCAGUUAAUAGGUUAUGUUUUGCACAUAUUAAGAUGCUUGCUAAUAUAAUUAUCAGCAUAAAAACUGAAGAAAAAAAUACUGGCUAUGAGCACUAUCUCUUGUUGAUUUAUAAUGUGUGGUUUUGUUUAGAAGAUGUAGAAUAAAAUAUGUUUUAAAAUGUAA